AUGCAGAACCGUGACGUCAGCUUAACUCAUCAGGAUGAUCUCACUUUCACUUUCAUUAAGUCACCUCCAGGAUUUAGGAGCUCUAUAAAUCGACAGCACUUCUUCAGCAAAGUUCGCAAUGUUUUUUCUUUACUAGCACAUAAUCCAGUUUCCCACUAUUGCGUUGGCUCUAUGAUGGAGAUAGGUAAUCUUGAAGACUUCUCUCUUCAGGAACCAUCAAGAGUCCCUCAGGAGCCUCACCCUCUUCAAAUCAUCAGGAUUGAAUCAACCGGGUCCAUGAGACAGUCCACCGUUACACCGUGCAUAGACGGCAGUUUUGCCAAUGAUAAUUUAGGCAAUACCCAGGUGGAAUACUUGUUUCCAGAAGAAGCUUGGCUUCCCAUCACGGAAUCCAGAAAUGGCAACGUUUUUUCUGUUGUGGUUCAUUUACUCUCCUCAGGUAUCGGAUUUCAAGCCCUUUUACUUCCUGUUGCAUUCGCCACUCUUGGAAGGUCAUGGGGGAUCAUAUCUUUGUCACUGGCAUUUGCCUGGCAACUUUACACAACAUGGCUUCUUGUUCAACUUGCCGAACCAGUACCAGGAGCACGCUACUGUAGAUAUCCCUGGCUUGCAACGUAUGCCUUUGGUGAAAAGUUAGGGAAGCGUCUUGCUUUAUCUCCGGUGAUGUAUCUCUCAGGAGUAUCGUACUUGGUUCUACAGAUCACCACAGCUGGUGGGAACAUGAAGACUUUAUACAAAUAUAUGUGUGAUGGCGGAGCCAUUUGUGAAGCCAACUCACUGAGUGGUUCCACGUGGUUCUUGAUCUUCACUUGCAUGGCUAUUCUUGUAGCCCAAUUUCCUAACUUGAAUUCGAUAACCAAGAUCUCGGUGAUCGGUGCAGUCACGGCGCUUGUUUACUGUACUCUGUUAUGGAUCCUGCCGAUCACCAAGGGCAGGCCGAGUGCAGUCUCUUACGGCCAUGCAGAGAGGGGGAAAUCAGAUAUGGCUAAGUUUAGUAAUAUCUUCAAUGCCAUUGGGAUAAUUGUGCUCGCAUUUAGAGGUCACAAUCUUGUGCUUGAGAUACAGGGAACGUUGCCUUCUGACCAAAAGCAAAAAUCGUCAAAGCCAAUGUGGAGAGGAGUAACGAUUUCAUAUCUGAUAAUAGCAAUGUGUUUAUUUCCUCUUGCUAUAGCUGGAUUUUGGGCUUACGGAAACAAGGUUCCAAUAAAUGGAGGGUUAUUAACUGCAUUUUUGCAAGUUCAUGGACCUGAAACACAAAAAUACGCGAUGGGCAUAAUCUACCUUCUAGCUCUUAUAAACAACCUAACUUCAUUUCAAAUCUACGCUAUGCCAGUUUUCGACAAUCUUGAGUUCAGGUACAUUAUGUGGAAGAAGAAACGGUGUACAUGGUGGGUUCGGACUGGUUUAAGGCUCUUCUUUGGAGGGCUGGCCUUCUUCAUAGCAGUGGCAUUUCCAUUCCUAGGAAGCUUGGCACCUGUAAUUCGAGGAAUUACAUUGCCUUUGACAUAUGUUUAUCCAUGUUUCAUGUAUAUUUCCAUCAAAAAACCCCGUUCAAUUAGCGCAAUGUGGUGGUUGAACUUCUGUCUUGGUUGUUUAGGCUCGAUUUUGAGUGUUAUGUUAGUUGUUGCUGCCCUCUGGAAUUUGGCUACCGAAGGCUUAAAGGCCAAUUUCUUUAGGCCAUAA